AUGAAAGUAGUUAAUACAUUCGAACGAGCCGAUAUUGAUAUACAGCCUAUAAUUUAUGAAAUUCGUCGAAUUAAUUUCGAUGGCACCAAUGAAACUGUUUUCUAUGGUGAUGAUGAAAUAUUAGUUGGUAUGGAAGCUGGUACAAUGCAAAUUGAUGCUGUUGGACGUAAUCUAUUUAUUGUUAAUAUUCGUCAUAGUCGAAUAGAUGCAAUAUCUUUAAAUGGUCUAUAUCAUACAAUAGUAUUUAGUGAUCAUAAAAAUGCUACAGGUAUAAUGAGACCAACAGCACUUGAUCUUGACACAACAAAUGGUUUUGUUUAUUGGAUUGAUUUCGGUGGUGGACAAGUUCCUAUGAAAAUAGGUCGUGUUCGUUUUGAUGGAAAAUAUCCGGAAAAUAUUAUUGUUGAUAAUCUUUUACAACCCAAUUAUAUUGUUUAUAAUCUUGAUCUUCAUUGUAUAUUUUGGAGUGAUGUUGGUAUACAAAAAAUUUCAUAUCAUUGUAUGGAUUCAGGUAAUACGAAGAUUCUUGAUGUUGAAGUAAAUCAUCCGCGUGGUUUUGAUUUUCUUACUCAUUAUUAUCCUCCAACAUCACCAUUAAUAACAACUAACGACAAUGAUGAUGUCACGUCAACACAUUAUUCAUUAUUUUUUGUUGAUAAUGAGUACGAAGGUGUCUAUAAAAAAUGGUUUGAUCAUCGUUUAAAUCCUGUAUCAGAUGUUAUACCUGUGCGAACAAAUCAAGAAGAUACAAGACAAGUUCGUGCUUAUCCACGUUAUGAAGCUUUUAAUGCAUAUUGUUAUUAUGGUUCAUAUUGUGAACAGAUUUGUUUUCAAAUUGAUUCUAAUAAUCGUGAUACACCAACAUGUGAUUGUGCUAUUGGAUAUAAAUUAAAUAGUGAUGGACGUACAUGUUCACCUAAAAGUGAACAAUUUAUCGUUUAUAGUACACAUUCAUUAUUACGUGCAUUUGAUUAUCGAUCAAAUGAUUCAGCAAGAGAAGAUGUUAUGCCAUUGAUUGCUGGUAAGAUUUGUUGUAGUAUUUGUAAAUAA